AUGACCGAAGUUAAUCCUGAAUGGCGCUAUCGCAUCAGCAAGAAGAUUGCUGAGUUGACAAAGGUCGUUUUUAGGCUACAUGCAGAUAGCAUUGAUCAUAAAGAUGACAUUCAGAACUUAAAAGCAAGAUAUGAAGCAGAAAUUGAGGAAAUUAUGGAAAAAUCAAAAGAAAACCUAGCAGAAGCAGAAAAAGAAUCCGAGCAGUACCAUGUUUUAAUCGAAAAUACAGUUAAAACAGAAUUUGAAACAAAAUUUGAAGCAACAAAAGCACAAUUCGAAGCUGCAAAAGCAAAACUUGAACAGGAAUCUUCUAGAGCUAUAGAAAACGCCACUAAGCGCUUGAAUGAACUCAAAGCUCAAGUAGAAGAAUUAAGAAAACGUGCUGAAGCUGCAAACGCAACAUUCUCACAAGCAAACGAGGAAAUUCAAAGAAUACAUUCACAAGUUACUUCUCAAAUUGAAGCAAAAAGGCAAAACGAACUAGAAUCACAUAUCAACGAUGCGAAUGCAAAAUAUCAAGCACUUCUUGAGUCCACACAAAAGAAGGAAGCUGAACUCAAAGCCAAAUACGAUGCAGAAAUUGCCGAACUUAAGAAUACUCUUGAACAAUCUCAGAAUUCUUCUGUCGAAGCUCUUGAUCGCCAGCAAAAGCAAAUUGAAGCAGAGAUUGCCAAACUGGAGCAAGAAAAAGUCUCACUUACUGAUGAAUUAGAGAAAUUCAAGCAACUUUUAGCAUCACAACAAUCAGAUUUCGAUUCAAUGAUGCAGAAAGCGGAAAAAAUGAAGCAGCAGAUCAUAGAAUCCCAUCAGAAAGAGCUCCAGAACCUCCAAGCCCAAUUAGCGAACUCCCAGAAGCAGCAUCAAGAUGAAUUAAACGCAAUUCGCACCCAAAUGGAGAAAGAAGAGAAAGAACAUAACGAAGAAGUCAAGAAACGCAAAGAAGAACUCGAACUCGAGAAGCAGAAAUACCAGAAGCAACUAGAAGAGUUCGAAGCCGCAGCAAAAGCAAAUGCAGCAGCAUCAGACCAAAAGAACGCUCAGUUGGCCGAAGAACACAAAAACGCUUUGGAAACAUUGGACAGCCAGCACACAGAGUACAUCGAGAACGCAAGGAAAAAGGAGAGAGAAGUGCACGCGGAGAUGAUUGAGUUGCAAAAGAAACAUCUCGCGGAUUCCACGAAAAUCAGAAAUGAAAUGGAACAAGAACUGGAACAAUCAAGGCAAAAGAUCGAUGAAAUGAAGAAACAACAUAUGGCGGAGAUCAAAAAGAUGAAGGAAGAACACGACAAGAAAAUGGUUGAUUACCAACAACAACUUCGUGAUUCAUCAAGUAACUCAAUAAAUGAAUUAGAGAAACUAUUAAAAGACGCUGCAAGAUUGAGAAUAGAAACAGAAGCAGUGAAAAUAGAACAUAAACAAAAGAUGGCAGAAAUCGAUCACAAACUCGAUGUCGAUUUCAAUGUACUUAAAAUGAAACAUGGAGCAGCAAUGAACAUGUUAGAUCGAGAAUAUGAUUUGAAAAUCAAGUCAAUUGAUGCAGGACAUCUCGCGCAAAUGGAGAAAGCAAAGAAACAACAUUUGUUGGACAUGAAACGCAUCGAAGAAGAAGGCCAAUUAAACUUGAAAUUGGAUACAGAGAAACAAAAAUUCGAAACAGAAAAGAAGAGAUCAAAUGAAUUAGAACAAAUGAGAGAACAAUGGGAUAAAGAAUUGGCUGAUUUAAGACUCCAAAUUGAAGUUAAAACAGCAGAAAAGAAUGCAAUCGAUGCACAAUUAAAACGUGAAGUUGAAGAGAAAAAUGCAAAGAUUGCAGAACUUAAAGCUGAAAUGUCUCAAUUGGAGAUGAAUUGGGCAGACGAGAAAGAACAAUUAAAGAGAGAUUGGACAACGAAAUUGGAGAAUUUAAGGAAACAAUUCGCUGAAGAAGAGAAACAAAAUGAAGAUGCAAGAAGAAUGAAGAAAGAAGAUUACCAGAAGACAUUGGACAGAUUAAAGAUAGAACUAGCUGAUGCAGAAGAGUUUAAGACAAAGGAAUUGGCGAGAAUAAGAAAAGAAACUGAAGAAGAAACUAAAAGAGGUGAAGCAGAAUUAAAGAAACUUCAACUUGAAAUGAACAAAAUUUCGGCAGAAAAAGGUGCAGCAAUCAAAGAAUUGGAAGGAAAAAUAAGCAAAUUCGAUGGAGAAACACAAAAGAAACUAAACGAAGUCGAACAAAGAAGAAAGAAAGAAGUAGACGCGUUGACAGAAGAAUUGAAACAAAUCAGACAAAAUGGAAAAAGAGAAGUCGAAGAACUCAACCAAGCAUUGUUAAAUUCUUCACACGAACACCAAAGAAAACUGUUCGAAAUGAAGAUGAUGUACGAACAAGCACAAAUAGAUGCACAGUUCGAGCUCCAAGAAUUCGAAAGACAACAAAACGCAGAAUUGGCUGAACUCCAAAACCAGCAACAACACGAAUUGGAAUUGUUAAAUAUCGAGCUGCAACAAAUACAGAAUCAAACAGAUUACAUAAGACAGCAACACCAUGAAAGAAUGACUCAAUUGCAGGAAGACCACAAGAAGAGAAUGUCCGAACAAUCAGCGGAAUUCGAGAAGAGAAAGGAAGCUUUGGAAGGAGAAGGAAAGAGAUUAAUUGCUGCAAAAGAAAAAAUUGUUCAGGACUUGGAACAAUCCGUCAAAGAAUGGGAAGAAAAACUCAAAUUCAAAGAUGCAAGACCAGAAGAUUUGGAACAUAUCCAGAGAUUGGAAGAAAUUGUUCAGGAAAGAACAGAUGCAUUGGCUAAAUAUCAGGCAGAAUUCAAACAAUAUGAAAGAGAAAUAACUGAGCAUGAAAAUGCUUAUAGUAAGUUGUUCGCUCAAAGACCAAGUGCAAACUCUUUGUCUCACGCACCAACAACUUCGAGAUUGUCGAAGAAAGAAGUUUCUGCUGUUUCAUCUGCUAAAAAACUCCCUCCUUUACUCGAUAGAACAGAAACACCAAGAAAGAGAACUCCGAUGUAA